AUGGCGGUCGACCUCUUCAAGAUUGGCCUCUACCUCAACGCCCUCGAGGCGGUGUUCGCCAUUCAGUUUUGGGCCGUUGCCGUCCCUCAGCUGAGCUUCAUCCCGCUAAUUCCUCCGGUCACCGAUUUGACUUGGCUCCCUUCCGUCGCAUCCUCGGACGGCGGAAGGGCGCUCAUCGCGUGGUACGGCGCCGUCCACUUCGGCAACGGCCUCGCGAGUAUCCUCAUCCUCAAGAACGAGGGCGGAAAGGCUCCAAAGUGGUACGCGCUUUCCUUCGGGCUGGCGCAGCUCCUCAUCGCCGUCUUCUGCGCAAUUGAACCCAUGAAGAAUGCGACUGGCGUGUUCCCGAUUGGCUCGCUCUUCCACGGCGCCGCCGGCGUCGCACUCCUCUCCCCGAUCUGGCGACCCCUCCUCGACAAGGCCACCGGCGCCCCCGUGAAGACCAGAAGCGGCCGCAAGUCCAGGACACCCAAGAGGUACCAGUGA